CACCUUGCAUCGAGAUACAUCAUGAUGUGACCAUUGUUACCAGCGCAAAAGAAAAGUAUAAUAUUCGUUGCUAAUACUAGAGCGCCUUUCCGUUCGAUUAUUCAACAUUAUAUCGUUUCGAUGAUUUUUCGCCUCUGUUGUUGUUAUCGUUGUCACUCGGAGACGUCACUCUCUCUCUCUCUCUCUCUCUCUCUCUAUCUCUUUCUCUCUUCUCUAUCUAUUCUGCUCUAUAUUCUCUUUCUCUUCUUGUGGCUCAAUUUCUACCAAAUAUUUCUAGUCAUUUCUUCUCGAACAUCUCUGUUCGAAAUUUUAUAUCACGCGCGAUGUAUUCUUUAUGUACAUACACACGUGCUACCGCGCUGUCUAUUUUCGCUCUUUCAUCCUGGUCUCGUAUGUAUCCGUAGGUGAAGGAUGCCUUUAUUGUGCCGAUAUUGCGCCACCAGUGACCUGACAAUUUGUUCGUGCUGAAUAUCCAACGGACGUUUCGCAAAUAUUCAUAUCCGACUUCCCUCUCUACAUUAAAUCUUUGUACGUCGGAUUUACGAAGUUAAGAAAUUACUUUAUUUAACGGAGAAGUUAACAGCUUGAUAUAAUGAGGUUUGAUGGGAAAAUGUGUCGGUCUUUAGUUAACGUAGAUGUACAUAAGGCUAUAAUUAAAACUUCAAAAUUAAUGUAAAUCACUUUAUAUCGCCAAUUUUUUAUUUAACCGUGCACUAAAUACGAUCUGCUUGGCUAAAGUCACACGAACGUUGUGUUGUUAUUUGUUACUUUGUACCAGCAUAGUUUGUAAUAGCACAGUUUGCGGUCCUAUUUUACGUAACAGCACCUUUUUAAUAUUAAUCAAUGUAUCUAAUCAUCUAAUGGAACCGUAAUUGAAGUGUAUAUGUUUUACGCGUACAUAUUUGAUUAAACCGUCCGUUGGAUAUCGAAUGUUCGACAGGGAUCUGGUUCCAUUUUACUGGAACAGCUUCAAUAAUUACUUUUAAUGUUCCAGGAAGAGAGCCGGUAAUUUUCGUUACUAGAAUUUUAUGAGAUAGCAAGAUCUCUUAUAGACAAACGUUCGCUUGGAAACGAGGGAUGCCGAUUGUCUCGGUUUCCAAAACGACUGACACGAUGCGGCGCUUUUAUUAACAUAAAUCGCGAUGUUGGUUUUACCCUAAAAUCAGCGGGUGAAUAGAAUCCCAGAGGAAUUUUACUCAUUAAAAAUUAAGCUUUGGAAAUUAAGACCUUAUUAACUGUUCAAGUUAAUUCUAUUAAUUUUUCUAGAUACAUGUCUCUUCGUUUGUUGCAUUCUUCAAUAUGCAAGUUUUUAAUAUACUUUUCAAUUAUUAUUUCAAUAUUUGCCCUUUAUUGCUACUCACCCGCUGUUAUACUAGAUAGUUUGGAAAUACCUGGUGAAUACCCUUUGUAAAUAUAGAUUCUUUGAUGCUCUUAGACAUUUUAAUAACAAUUUGUAAUAUACGAAGGCCAAAGAGACAUAAAUUGGUAUUAUUUUAUACUGUAAACGAUGGAAAAAUGUGAGCCCUUCUAGUUUUUCAAACUUUAACAUAUUUUUCAGAAGUUCGAAUAAUAAAACACGUCGAAAAUUUACAACGCAUUUGAUACAAGCACGGAGAAAUAUUACCUGCAAAAUUAUCGAAGAAUCUAUAGACGAAGGAAAUAAUUCUAGAACAUCUAGUAUACCUUCCGCUUUCGUGUUAUCUCGGAUGGGCAAAAAUAAGCACGGCAUUUAUCCAAUGCAAUCAGUGCAAUAUUCGAUCAACGACUCUUACGGACGUGCACUUUACCUUCGUUAGAACAAAGAUUUUCCCCCCGUUUGUUAUCCGCCAAAAUAAUCUUACGCAAUUGCACCUUUGUUGGCAUAAAAUCAACUUAAAUCGAAUAACGCACCGGCAAAAGUACCUGUUUGCAUUAAUCAACUAAUACAAUCGAUACAGCAAUGAGCUCAAAUAUGCAAACGUAUGCGUUCGACAGGUAGGUGUAUCGCCGCUACAUCGUCUACAUUUGUCCAUAAUUUUCGUAAUCUACUUAGUUAAUUAAACUUGAUUACCGAGCGCACAUAUUUACACCGAUGUUACUUUGUUAAUCAACAGAAGUCGGCGAUGUAGUGUCUUCACCGUUAAUAACAUCAUAAUUACGAUCCACAUCACCGCCAUCAUCGGUCACGAUUCUCAUCGUCAUCGUCGUCUUCGUCAUCGUCAUGCCACUGUACGUUGCAAUCACGAAACUACUCGCGAAACCACUCACCCCGCAGCACGUUUGAGUUCAUUGCAGUAAACCUUGUUCUUGUGUAAGCGACGCGCUUGUAUUCAAUUGGGCAAAAAUUAUUAGGCAAGUUAAUGGAUUCGUACGUCACGAGGACAGAAUCCGUCGCCGAGGUAACACGCAACGGAGUCGUCCUAUGUCCAGGGAUACCUACGAGACUGCACGGUCCUUUAUCUCUCUGUUUUUCUGUCUAUCUGUUCUAUCUGUUCGUCUUUCUCUUCUUCUUCUUCCGUUUCAAUUUCGCUCGCGGAUAAAAAAGCAGAAAGACCGCCGAGGGUACUUUCUCAUGUGGACGCGCUCGACGCCGAGUGACGCUUUAGCUCUUUCGUAAACUCUCCGACGGAAAAGACGGGAUAAAUAAAAAAUAAAAAACAGUAAGCGAAAGAAAAGUAAAAACAAAGAGUGACGAAACGGAAAACAAUCGCAAAAACCAAAAAAAAAACCGCCAACUAUAAAAUCCCGAAAGAAAGUGUCCUAUAAGUUGACGGCCCAAUGUUUUGCCACUAGCGUGACAGCUAUCGCCUGCGAGUACGGGCCUCCGACAGAGGGAUGCCAGUCUUGUCCGCAGACGUGGACGUUGAGUUAGACGUCGUAGACAGAAACAAUAAACCACCUGUGUGGGAUCAGAAUGUAUACGGCCCCAUUCACAUCAAAGAAAAUGUCACAGUGGGUACUGUAGUGACGUCGGUGAAAGCCAGCUCUGGAAUCGACAAUAAUCCGACGGUCUUUUACCACUUAAUGCCCGGUUCCACGGCGCAGACGAACAAGUUUCAUACGUUUUACCUUCAGCAACGCGGCGAGCAGUCGACAACUUGGGCCGAUAUUAAAGUUAAUCAUCCCCUGGACUAUGAGAGCAUAAAAGAAUACAAUCUCACCAUACGAGUGGAGAAUAAUGGAGCUCAACAGCUGGCUUCCGAAGCAACCGUGUACAUCAUGCUGGAGGAUGUCAACGACGAGAUACCGCUGUUCACCGAACGAGAACAGGAGACCGUACUCGAGGGUGAGCCGGUGGGCAGCAAAGUCACCCAAGUGAACGCCAUCGACAAGGACGGAACAUUCCCCAAUAAUCAGGUCACAUAUUACGUGGUAAACAGCGACAGGAACGAGGGCAAGGAUUACUUCGAGAUCAACAGGGAAACCGGCGAGAUCUUUACGAAAGUAAUGUUCGAUCGCGAGAAGCAGGGUGCUUACGCCCUGGAGGUGGAGGCCCGAGACGGAGCACCUUCCGCACGACCUAACAGCAACGGCCAUCCUAACUCAGUAACAAAAUUCAUUCGCAUUGGGAUAGCCGACAAGAACGAUAAUCCCCCAUACUUCGACAAGGGCCUCUACGAGGCUGAGGUAGACGAGAAUGAGGACAUUCAGCACACGGUGCUCACCGUCACCGCCAAAGAUCACGACGAGUCCUCGCGUAUUCGAUACGAGAUCACGAGCGGGAACAUAGGCGGCGCAUUCGCCGUGAAAAACAUGACCGGCGCCAUUUACGUCGCGGGUGCAUUGGACUAUGAGACGAGAAAGAGGUACGAGCUUCGGCUUACUGCGUCGGACAACUUGAAGGAGAAUUACACGACAGUUGUAAUUCACGUGAAGGACGUAAACGACAACCCGCCCGUCUUCGAGCGACCAAAUUACAGAACACAAAUUACCGAGGAGGACGACAGGACUUUGCCGAAACGCGUUCUCGGGGUACUCGCGACCGACGGGGAUAAAGAUAGGCCGCAAAACAUUGUCUACUUCCUGACUGGGCAAGGUAUCGAUUCCGAGAAUCCGGCGAACAGCAAGUUCGACAUCAACCGCACGAGUGGAGAGAUUUUUGUCCUAAAGCCGCUGGACAGAGAUCAGCCGAAUGGCCGGCCGCAGUGGCGGUUCACCGUGUUUGCUCAGGACGAGGGUGGAGAAGGUCUCGUGGGUUACGCCGACGUCCAAGUUAACCUCAAGGACAUCAAUGACAACGCCCCGAUAUUCCCGCAGGGUGUCUACUUCGGCAACGUCACCGAGAACGGCACCGCAGGAAUGGUGGUGAUGACGAUGACGGCUGUGGAUUACGACGACCCGCACGAAGGCACGAACGCAAAACUUAUCUAUUCCAUUGAGAAGAACGUCAUCGAGGAGGAGACUGGCUCGCCCAUUUUCGAAAUUGAAUCGGAAACUGGCGUGAUCAAGACCGCCGUGUGCUGCCUGGACCGAGAACGCACCCCGGAUUAUUCUAUACAGGUCGUCGCGAUGGAUGGAGGGGGGUUAAAGGGCACCGGGACGGCAUCGAUACGGGUCAAAGACAUAAACGACAUGCCGCCGCAAUUCACGAAGGACGAGUGGUUUACAGAAGUGGACGAGACGGAAGGGCCAGAUCUGCCAGAGAUGCCGAUACUCACCGUGACCGUCCACGAUGAAGACGAGACCAAUAAAUUCCAGUACAAGGUGAUCGAGAACAGCGGUUACGGUGCCGACAAAUUUACUAUGGUACGAAAUAACGACGGCACAGGAUCGUUGAAAAUUGUGCAGUCGCUGGAUUACGAGGACCAACUGCAGAGUAAUGGCUUUAGGUUUAGGAUACAAGUGAACGAUAAGGGCGAGGACAAUGACAACGACAAGUACCACGUAGCCUACUCCUGGGUGGUCGUGAAGCUGCGAGAUAUCAAUGACAAUCAGCCGCAAUUCGAGAAAGCCAAUAUCGAGACUACCGUGCCGGAGAACGCUCGCAUAGGCAGCAGCCUCGAAACAUUCAGGGCCACCGAUCCGGAUCAGGGUGGCAAGAGCAAGGUCUCGUAUUCCAUCGACCGAAGCUCCGAUCGAAAGAGACAGUUCUUCAUCAAUGAAAAUGGCACCGUGUCGAUACAGAGAAGCCUCGAUCGCGAGGAAACUCCUCGGCACCAGGUCAAAAUUUUGGCGAUUGACGAUGGAAUACCACCGAAGACCGCGACAGCCACCCUUACAGUCGUUGUGCAGGACAUUAAUGACAAUCCACCGAGAUUCCUCAAGGACUAUCGUCCAGUAUUGCCGGAAUACGCACAAACCAAGAAGGUCGUCGAGAUUCUCGCUACCGAUGACGAUGACCGGUCGAGGAGCAACGGCCCCCCGUUCACUUUCCGAAUGGAUCCUAACGCGAACGAUGUUAUCAGAGCUAGUUUCAAAGUUGAGAGCGACAACAAGGGGGCCAAUGGGGACGGAAUGGCCGUAGUGUCAUCCUUACGAUCGUUCGACAGGGAACAGCAAAAGGAAUUCUUGAUUCCUAUCGUCAUCAAGGAUUCCGGGAACCCUUCGAUGUCUGGGACCAGCACCUUGACGGUUAUCAUAGGGGACGUUAACGAUAAUAAAAUGCAGCCUGGCUCCAAGGAAAUCUUUGUAUAUAACUACGCAGGACAAUCGCCGGAUACGGAGAUAGGUAGAGUGUACGUGUACGACCUGGACGACUGGGAUCUGCCGGACAAGAAAUUCUACUGGGAAGGGCUGGAGCACGCGCAAUUUAGACUCGACGAGGACUCGGGGAUGAUCUAUAUGAAAUCCGGCACGCACGACGGCAAGUAUCAUCUGCGGUUCAAGGUCUACGAUCGGAAGCACACGCAGACGGAUGUGCCCGCGAACGUGACCAUCACCGUCAAGAGUAUCCCGCACGAGGCGGUGUUAAAUUCGGGCUCGGUUCGAAUAUCCGGGAUAACGGACGAGGACUUCAUUCGCGUCUGGAAUUAUCAGAAUCAAACUCUGUCGCGCAGCAAAGCGGAUCUGUUUAGGGACAAGCUGUCGCAUCUGUUGAACAUAGACAGGGACAACGUAGAUGUGUUCAGCGUCCAAUUACGAAGAAUGCAUCCGCCGUUGACUGACGUCAGGUUUGCCGCGCACGGCUCCCUGUACUAUAAACCGGUCAGGCUUAACGGCAUUGUACUUAUGCAUCGCGAAGAGAUCGAGAAAGACGUGGGUAUCAACAUAACUAUGGUCGGUAUCGACGAGUGUUACUACGAGAACGAGAUGUGCGAAGGCAGUUGCACGAACACCCUCGAUAUCAGCAACCUGCCGUACAUGGUGAACGCGAACAGGACCGCCCUCGUUGGCGUACGCGUGGACGUGAUAGCCGAGUGCACCUGCGGAGCGCGGAAUUUCAGCAAGGGCGAGUCCUGCAGGAACAGCCCGUGCUACAACGGCGGACGCUGCGUGGAGGACCGAUUUGGAUUAUCAUGUCAAUGUCCGUCUGGCUACAACGGCCCGAGGUGUCAGCAGACCGCGAGAAGUUUCCGAGGCAACGGCUGGGCAUGGUAUCCCGCUUUGGAAAUGUGCGACAACAGCCACUUGAGCUUCGAGUUUAUCACAAGAAAAUCUGACGGACUGUUAUUGUACAACGGUCCGAUUGUCCCUCCCGAGGUCGACGAGAUAAUGGUUUCUGACUUCAUUUCGGUCGAAUUGGAGCGCGGUAUACCGAGGCUGCUGAUCGAUUUCGGAUCUGGCACUUUGGAGCUGAAGGUGAAACCAAAGAAAACCUUGGACGACGGCGAGUGGCAUCGACUCGACAUCUUCUGGAAUACGGAGACUGUGAAGCUCAUCAUCGACUACUGCAAAUCCGCGGAGAUAUCCGAGCUGGAGGACGGGAGCCCGCCGGAAUUCAACGACACCAGCUGCCAGGCCACGGGCACGAUACCGCCGUUCAACGAGUACCUGAACGUGAACGCACCGCUGCAGAUCGGCGGUCUCUACGUAGAGCAAUUCGACCCGACGCACUACAAGUGGAAGCACAUGCCGGUGGGCAAGGGCUUCGACGGCUGCAUCAAGAAUCUCUUCCACAACAGCAAACUGUACGACCUCGCCCAUCCGGGUCUCUCGCGGAACAGCGUCGCCGGCUGUCCGCAAACCGAGGAGAUCUGCAACAAUCAGGAGUCGACCUUCCGCUGCUGGGAACACGGCACUUGCGUCGGCAGCUUCACCGAGGCGAGGUGCCAGUGCAAUCCCGGUUGGACCGGUCCCGGAUGCAUGACGCCGACGAUACCGACCACCUUCAAGCCCCAGAGCUACGUCAAGUACGCCUUGUCCUUCGAGCCGGACAAGUACUCCACUCAGGUGCAACUGAGAUUCCGCACCCGAGAAAUCCACGGCGAGCUGUUCCGAGUGAGCGACCAGCACAAUAGGGAAUACGCCAUUUUGGAGAUCAAGGACAGCAGACUGCACUUCAGGUACAAUCUGAACAGUCUUAGGACGGAAGAACGAGACAUCUGGCUGUCGGCAAUAGCCGUCGAUGACGGGCAGUGGCACACAGUUAGAGUUUCGAGAUACGGAUCCGCCGCGACUUUGGAACUGGACGGUGGCGAAGGACGGAGAUUCAACGAGACCUUCUCUUUCGAGGGCCACCAAUGGCUCCUCGUGGACAAGCAGGAGGGUGUCUACGCGGGUGGCAAAGCGGAAUACACUGGCGUCCGCACAUUCGAAGUUUACGCGGAUUAUCAGAAAGGUUGUCUGGACGACAUAAGAUUGGAGGGCAAACAUCUUCCACUGCCACCCGCCAUGAACGGAACUCAAUGGGGCCAAGCGACGAUGGCGCGAAACUUGGAAAGGAAUUGUCCGUCGAACAAACCGUGUGCCAACGUGAUUUGUCAAGAUCCUUUCGAGUGCAUCGACCUCUGGAACGAGUACGACUGCACCUGCGGGGAGGGGAGAAUCCCGUCACCGGAUAACAAAGGGUGCAUGGAUAAAAACGAGUGCAUUGACUAUCCCUGCCUGAACGGUGGCAGGUGUAUCAAUCAGGACCCGCGAUUCCGGUACCGAUGCAUUUGCCCCGACGGCUUCUGGGGCGAGAACUGCGAGCUGGUCCAAGAGGGCCAGACGCUCAAGCUGAGCAUGGGCGCGCUGGCGGCGAUUCUCGUGUGUCUUUUGAUCAUCCUCGUCCUCGUGCUGGUGUUCGUCGUCUACAACAGAAGACGAGAGGCGCACAUAAAGUAUCCCGGGCCGGACGACGACGUGAGGGAAAACAUCAUCAACUACGACGACGAGGGCGGCGGAGAGGACGACAUGACCGCGUUCGAUAUCACGCCUCUGCAGAUCCCGAUCGGUGGCCCGAUACCGGAAAUGGGUGGCAAGCUGCCCCCGUGUAAAGUAGCCUAUCCACUCGGCCCGGAACCGAACGUCGGCGUCUUCAUCGAGGACCACAAGAAGAGGGCCGAUAGCGAUCCAAACGCACCGCCCUUCGACGAUUUGCGGAAUUACGCGUACGAAGGUGGCGGAAGCACCGCGGGUUCCCUGGAGUCAUUAGCCUCCGGCACGGACGACGAGCAACACGAGUACGAAUACCUAGGCGCCUGGGGCCCGAGAUUCGACAAGCUGGCCGAUAUGUACGGUCCCGCGGAGGAGAGCGAGGAGGAGGAAUAAUCAGCCGUACGUGCGGCCGAGUCUCCACAUCACGUCGCAUGCGAGUAGCGCGAGCCGCAUCGUCCGAACGGGGUUGUACUCGCGAGGCCUCGAGCGAGACGGCCGACGGGGAUCGCUCGUCGCGAACGUUCUCGGAGGAUGAUCUCGAGAGGGUGAAGACAAAGAGCGCGCGCGCGCGCGUCUCCCCCUCGCCGAGAGCGACGAGUCGCCCCGAACGAGGGACCCGCUUCCUCCGCGGUGGUGCAGCCAGUGAAAGUAACUAAUCACACGUGAUGUCGCGCGCACCCGCGUGUCAACGGACUCACGCACGUACUCGGGGGUGCAUAAAGGAACGUUGCAAUAGCGCGACGGUAGGGGGUAGAAAGCGAGAAGAGUCGGGGGAAGAGUCGCAGCAUAUUACCUAUCUGUAUAGUACG